AUGGCUCCCAGUAACACUCUCAUGAUACACGUGGAGGAGAAACCGCUGCCAAAAGAAAAGAAUAAACUGAGGAAGCCGGUGGUGGAGAAAAUGCGCCGCGACCGGAUUAACAGCAGCAUCGAGCAGCUGAAACUGCUCCUGGAGAAGGAGUUUCAGAGACACCAGCCCAACUCCAAGCUGGAGAAAGCCGACAUCCUGGAAGUGGCUGUCAGCUACCUGAAGCAGCAGAGCCAGCUGCAGGACCAAAGUGAGUUCAUUCACAAGAAUCCAGAGCAGGACUUUAACAGCGGAUACCUGCGGUGCCUCAGGGAAGCUAUGCAUUUUCUGUCCUACUAUGAACCCAGGAAGGAAACUCAGGUGCAGCUCAUCAAGCAUUUCUGCAAAGCUCAGAUGGGCGCAGACGUCAGGUACCCUCCCUCCCUGCGUAAUUCACCUCUGGCACCCUCCCUGUGUGCCAGAAAGCAACCUGCCCAGAAGACGGCUGCUGCUCCUACCAUCUGGCGACCAGCGAGCUCCGAGCUGAAACCAGCACUGGGGAUAAUGGCACCCAGUGCUCUCUCCCUGGAAAUCCUAACGCCCAAAGAGAAAAACAGACUGAGGAAGCCCAUUGUAGAGAAAUUGCGUCGCGAUCGGAUUAACAGCAGCAUCGAGCAGCUGAAGCUGCUCCUGGAGAAGGAGUUUCAGAGACAUCAGCCCAACUCCAAGCUGGAGAAAGCCGACAUCCUGGAGAUGACCGUCAGCUACCUGAAAUACAGCCGAGGUGAGUACAUGCACCCAUCACCAUCGGCCAAGAGCCUCCAGCAGGAUUACUGUGAAGGGUACGCCUGGUGCCUCAAGGAAGCUCUGCAAUUCCUGGCUCUCCACUCGGCAAACACAGAAACCCGGAUGAAGCUCAUCUGCCACUUCCAGAGGUCGCAAGCGGCACCUGCGGACUCUG